AUGUCUGUUGCGAGCACUUUGACGCUCUCCGGCUGGAGAUGGCGACAAUUCGGCAAAGCAAAUGAAGACUGGCAUCAGUGUGCCCAUGAUAAGCCGACCACGGAGAUUUUCACCGACCUCAUCGAUGCAAAAGUGAUUCCAGAUCCCUUCAUCGAUGAGAAUGAGCGCCAUGUUCAGUGGGUGGGCGAGGCUGACUGGGAGUAUGCGUGCGACUUCCAAUAUGAGCCGGAGCAAGCCCACUCUCGCCAGGACCUCGUUUUUGCAGGCUUGGAUACCGUGGCCACCGUCUAUCUCAAUGAUCAAAAUGAGAUCUUGAAUUCGACAAAUAUGUUUCAUCGGCACCGGGUCGAUGUCACAGGCAAACUGCGAGCCGGCCUGAACACAAUCCGCAUUGUAUUCAAGAGUGCCCUCCAUUACGGGCGUGAAUUGGAGAAAAAGCACGGAAGCUAUAGAGCUUUCAGUGGAGAGAAUUCUCGAGCGCAUGUUCGCAAAGCCCAGUAUCAUUAUGGCUGGGAUUGGGGCCCUCUCUUGAUGACAUGUGGACCAUGUGGUGAGAUCAAACUCGAAAGUUAUUCUUCAACUUUGAUCGACGUCUUCGUCAAUGCACAAGUAUCCGAGGAUCUUCAUAGCGCAUCCAUCAAUAUCGAUUUUGAAGCUAUUGUUGAUCAAGACGUCACUACGAAGGUUACCGUUACUGCUCCCGACGGCCACAUUUUCGACUCAAGUGCAGCUCUCAGUAUUGCCACGAAGGAAUCUCGAGGUUCAAUCUCGUUGGAGAUCGACGAGCCACAACUCUGGUACCUUGUCGGUCAUGGUCCACAAGUAUUUUAUCUAGUGGAUGUCGCCAUCCUGAAUCGUGAUCAGGUACCCCUUCAUCACGUCAGGAAGAUCGUUGGCAUCCGACGUCUCCGGCUAGUGCAACACAAUUUGAUUGACGAACCCGGCACCUCAUUCUUCUUCGAAGUCAACAACAAACCUGUUUAUACUUCUGGUAGCAACUGGAUCCCAGGUCAUUCUUUCCUCACUGCAAUGACGUCUAAAGACUACGCUUCAGCCGUCGAUCGAUGCGUGAAAGCAAACCAGAAUAUGCUGCGUGUCUGGGGUGGCGGCAUUUAUGAACACGAUGCGUUUUAUGAGGAGUGUGACCGACGCGGAAUUCUAGUCUGGCAGGACUUUGCUUUUGCGUGCGCUCAGUACCCCUGUUAUCCUGAAUUUGCGGCCACUGUGAAACGAGAAGCCGUGGAUCAAGUUAAGCGACUGCGGCAGUACUGUUCGAUUGUCCUCUAUGCUGGAAACAACGAGGACUAUCAAAUCGCCGAGAUGCUCAACCUAACUUGGGAUCGUGAUGAUCAUUCAGGGGACUGGACGAAGACCAAUUUCCCGGCACGCACUCUGUAUGAAACUCAUCUGCCCGCCGUGGUAGCCGAAUACGCACCCGGUGUUCCUUACCAUCCCAGCUCACCCUGGGGCGGUGAUGGUACGACGGAUAGAACUGUCGGCGACAUCCACCAGUGGAAUGUCUGGCACGGCUCUCAGGAGAAGUACCAGCUCUGGGACAAGCUUGUGGGUAGGUUUGUCUCUGAGUUUGGCAUGCUUGGUUUCCCAGCUGCCAAAUCGAUUCGUCGUUAUGUGACAGAUCCCGCACAGCGGUAUCCUCAAAGUCGCGUUCUAGAUCUGCACAACAAAGCAGAUGGGGCGGAACGUCGGCUUGGCUUAUAUGUUUUGGAAAACAUUCGAGUGAACUCGCUGGAUCUUGACAGUUGGAUUUAUGCCACUCAACUUAUUCAAGGCGAGUGCCUGAGUUUCGCGGUUCGAAGCUGUCGUCGCCAGUGGAAAGGGCCUGGCCAAGAAUACUGUGGUGGCCAGCUCAUUUGGCAGAUCAAUGACUGCUGGCCAGUCUCGAGUUGGGCCAUCAUUGACUUCUACGGAGAGAAGAAGAUGGCUUACUUCAUGACAAAGCGAGACAGUGCACCGCUCGCCCUUGGGAUUAGCCGUUCGACACCUGAGCUCAAGAAGCUCAAGUCUCCACCUCCCCAGAUCCUGGCCCCUCCCCAUGAUCUUGCCCCAAAGACAUACAUCUGUGACGUUUGGGCCAUGAACGGGACCUUGCAGGAUGUCCAAGCCCAGAUUGAAAUCCGGUUGUCCGACAUCGCAACCGGAGCCUUGCGCAAAGAGAAAUCCAUGGGUGUCCAAUCACUUCUAUCAAACCGCACUACCGAGUUGUUGGAAGACUUGAGUGUGGAUGAUAAGACAGCCGUCCAAGCAAUCAUGAGGGAUGGGGAUGGCCAUGUAAUUGCCCGCGCCUCGGAUUGGCCCCAACCACUCAAAUAUGUCACCCUCUGUGCAUCUCCAGAUGUCAAUAUCUCAGUGCUAGACGGAAAACUUGAGAUUCGAACAAAUGUGCCUGUCAAGGGGCUUGUUGUUUCAGUGGUCCCCGAUGGCCGUGAUGUUGAGUUCGAGGACAAUGCUGUCGACAUUUUCCCGGAUGAUGUCUACACAAUUCGAGCCCGGGGCUUGACAAAGGCUGACAAGGUAGAGGUGCGUUAUUAUGGGUCGGAUUUCUAG